AAGAGAGAGAAGAGCCUCCACAUCUGACCAGCGCUUCAGGCAGCAGUUUGAAAGUGAAGUGAUUUAACAAACAGUCGACAAGUACAACAACUCGCCGCGAAAUCAACUGGACGACCAUCAUUUUUGUUGUUUUGACUGUAUAAGUUACAGCUGAAUUUAAAAAAACAAAACAAACAAAAAAAAAACAAACAUUUUUUUCUCCUUUGCUGUCGACUCUUCUUGGAAAUUAAGAUGAGGAAUCUCUGGUUGUUGUUCGUCGUUGGGGUUGCGACCGGUUUUAUCAGUGAAAAGCUCUUGGUCUCCUCCCAGUCCUCCCCAGCAGAUGACCUCUACCUGGAGGGGCGACCAUCAGGUGACUUCCCUGUAGACGAUGAAGACAAUGAAGAUUUCGGCUCAGGCUCCGGAUCAGGAUACUACUCUCUCAAUGAUGUCCUCGACAAAGAUGAGUCAUUCAGGAGGUUCCUCUUCAACGCCUCCGAGGCCACGCCCAUCCAAGAAAUGUCUCCAAAUGAACCGACCACAACGGCAGACGCUCCUCCCAACCCUCCAACCACAGCAGGGAGCAGCCAGGAUCUUCCAACCACAGUGGAGGACACUGCAACAUCAUCAGAUACACUUACUGAGGAGAAGGACACAGAGCUGGAGAACACACGGCUCAGUCCAACAGCUGACUGGUUCGCCUCCAGUGCCAGUCCUGACUCUGCCACCCUCCCUCCCAGUAAAACCCCAACAAUCAAAUCCAACACAGAUGUUGGUCUGAACAAAGACACCAUGGACAACAGUCUACCUGAGGAUAACUCAGAUGACCUUAUUGCCAAAACCAGUGGAGAUGAAUUGCUGAACAAAGUAGUUCAAGAUAAUGAGAUCGGCAAAGACGGUCAAGGCAGCAGACUGUACGAGAUGGACGAUCCUGAAGAGGUGACCUCUGAGAACCUGUGGGAGAGGACAGAGGUGCUGGCAGCGGUGAUCGCGUGCGGAGUGGUUGGAUUCCUCUGUGCCGUUUUCCUCCUCCUCCUCCUUGCCUACCGCAUGAAGAAGAAGGAUGAAGGUAGCUACGACCUGGGAGACACCAAAGUUCCCCCAACAGCCUAUCAGAAAGCUCCUACCAAGGAGUUCUAUGCCUGAACCGGCCAACGGGGGACUCAGGAAUGUAAUCUGUCACCCACCAGUCAUGACUGAGAAUGAAUCUUUUGACAGCUCAAGAUGAUUCCUCUUGUCGAAGUUUGAAGUCACACUCUCCUCCUCUUUUCUCCCGUGCUGCUUCCUUUUAACUUGUCUCCUCUGUUGUGAUUUCUGUUAAAGCUCCUUCUCUGGCAUCCUUUCUCUCCAUCUGCUGAAGAGGACUGAAGAUUCAUUCUGUCCUUGAGAUUAAUACUCAAGAGAUUAAUCUGCUUUAGACUUUCAAGUUGUAUCACAAUCAUUCUUGUCUAGGAAAGUAAUCUACUUUAAAAGUAUUGGUAACGCUGUGAUUUGAAACCUCCACCACUUUGCCAAGCUGAACUGCACUGGGCUGGACUUGCAAGUUCUGCAUUACAGAGAAAUUGUUUUUGUCCUAUGUGACAGAGCUGCAGCUGAACAGGCCCAACUCAGCCCAACAGUGAGAGAAACGUGACAGAAACUUCAAAAUAGGACAGACUCAGCAGCUGUUUGAAUGCUGUUAGUUGACAUGGUACUAAGUAUGGGAUUUAUUAUUAGAAGGAGCUUCUAGUUAAUCUUAUUUCCCUGUUUGAGGUCAGAUUGGCUCUGUUUGUCAACAGACAACAUUGUUACAUUUCAUUUCACGUAUGCUUUCUUUGCCAACUCAAACAUUUUAUGUUGUAAUGUGAGAUGCUUCCCAGUGUUGCUAUGUGAGAUGUUGUUACUCUGCAGGUACAUAUCUUUGUUUCAUUGCAAAAUUUUGACUUUUGUAGAAAUGACCAAAUACAGUUGUGCCAUAUCUUUCUUUUGGAAAAUCAUUUUAAUAGCAUCUCCAAUGUGUUUUCAUGUUGAUACAUUAUGUCUCUGGAUGGCAUUUUUUUUUUUUAAACUCAGAAGGGUUUGUCAUUUCAGUUUGUUUCAUUAUAUUUAUACAGUGGUAGCCAUUUUAAAAGUCCCUCGACCCUGCAUCUAUCCAACAUUGGUAAUGCAUUCAGUGGUAGCUAAUGUAGUAAGCCAGUUCAACAGAGACCUCUGCCAUGGCCACAUCUCUGAGUGGAUCCAAGGCUAAUGACUAUAAUUCAAAAGCCUUAGAAGUGACCAAUGUCUUCUGACCAAAACCAAAGCACAUUCCUUUCUGUCAACUGCGUACAGUUAUAAUAGUGGGUUUGAAUUUAAAGGGACAGUGACAGCGUUGGUCUACAGUCUACAGAGUCAGGGCUUAUCCAAACAGCAGGGUUCUAGAGGUUAGCUUCAAAAUUUAAUCUACUACAGAUUACCAGUUACCUCUUUUUACUGUAAUCAGCAGUGUAACCUACUGGAAUAUUCCUACUCAGUGAUGUAAUCUAUGCACUUAUGUUUGCAAAUGGAUUACUUUGGUUAUUAUUGUACUCUGAUUACUGGAAUCGUAUAAUUUGUAAUUGGUUGCAAUGCUAGUCUGAACUGUUCUUUGUUCUGGGUAUAAAAGUAUCAGAAUUUGAACCUGAAUUUCCCAAACAGCAAAACCAAACCUCAGCCAGCCAGCCAAAGAAUGAAUUUUCUUGACCAAGGCAGAACUUUUAAGCACACAAGUAGGGCAGGGCAAUAUAUUGAUUAUAAUAUCGAUAUUGUGAUUUGAGAGUAUGUAUCAGCUGGGAAUUAGGAUAUUGUAAUAUCAUGAUUUGGCAUGAGUGUUGUCUUUUCCUGGUCUUAAAGGCUGUGUUACACUAAAGGCACAUAGUUUUCUGAACUUAUUAGAUUGUUACAGCAGUUCUUUUAUUUCCCUCUUGGGAAUUAACAGAACAGUUGUCUGCUUUGUCAUCACAUCCGCAUCAUCAAUAACUGUUUAUAAAAAAAAAUCUUGUGUAAGCAUUUUAUGAAAGCACCAGUAGUCAUCCCUGCAGUAUUGUCACAAUAUCGAUAUCAAGGUAUACUGUCAGUGAUACUGUGGUAUUUGAUUUUCUCUGUAUCGCCCAGCCCUACUCACAGGUUAUAAAAGAGUAAACAGGAGGUAGUUAAGAGUGAAGACAAAGGAGGGUGCUAUUCCCCUUUGAUAGCACACAGUUUCACAUGUAUCCUCCCUGUUACUCACCUGUUACAUUUUAACCAUUCACCAAAUGUUGACAAAGCUUCAGAGAAGAUACACUGCUGCAUAUCUGUUCAGACCCUUUCUCAAAUGAGGGGAAAGCUGUCUUGAAGCUGCUUUAUAUGUGAACUUGUUUUCUUUACAAAAACGUCAAAUUAGCGUUGAUCCCAGGGCCAUGUGCUUGGUUUGAGAUCAACUAUCGAUUCACAGACAGAGGCGGGGUUAAGCAGGUUAACUCUGCCCUCAGAGUACACACUCGUCCCGCUGCCCACAGAGUCCUGUUAAAAUCAUGUCACUUCCAGUCAUCGCUGCAUUUUCCUCAAACUGUUCCUCAGUCAUGAUGUGAGCUAUAUUGAUUUUUCUUCAGUUGCCUUCAGUGUCACACAUUAAAAACUUACACAGGUAUCAAGAGACUAUUGCAGUGCUGAUUGCCAGCCAGCACUAUCAGGAUGGUCAGUGAGUUUGUAAGGAUCUUUUUGUAUUUCUUUGUUUUGCUGGCUCUCCUGUGUAAAAUAAUUUUUUUUUGUUUUGAGAAUUCAGAUUGAUGCAUUUCAGGAGGCAAAGUAACAUGAGUGAAAGCUUUUCUGUCUUUUCACCAAGGCUACCUGUUACUGUUUACAUAGCUGUUGCAAUGGCUGAAUGGACUUAAACUCCAUUCCAAAGCAAUCGUAGAUGAUCCGAAUGCAAAUUAGGAAACAAAAACUACCUAUUCUCUAUUGCUGGAACAAACAGGAAGAGAAAAUCUGAUCACUAAGCCUAUAAAUGACUUACUGUAGAUAGCAUAUGCAGUUUGCUGUGCACUUUUAUCCAAAGUGCCUUAUCGUACCAAGUGUAUAUGUUUUUAUAUAAGACUGACAUUUCUGUUGUCAGUGCUGAGAUCUGCUUGGUUGGAAAUCUUCCACAAAACCCAAGGAAGGUGAACGCCUACUGUCAAUCCAACCUGUGACAACUCACACCAUCUCUUCCUCUCUGAUUUCUUUCGAUUCUAUGAUAUCUGUUGGUUUAUAUGUUGAUGAUACUAUAAUUUCUGUGUAUUAAUUUAUACUUAAUUAGGCCAUAAUAGUGAUGACAUGUUAGUGACAGUAUAGAGUGUACAGUAUUUACAGAUGUCCGAAGCCUCUUUGUGCCUACUGCUAUGAUUAUUGUUAUUAUUAAUUUAUAUUUUCGCUGUAUUUGACAGACCUGGGUGCAAUUCAUUUUCAGUUUCAUGAUUUUCUUCAGGAUUUAAAUUGUGUUUUGUUUUCAUAUGAAGGCUGUCAUAUACUAGCAAUAAAGAAAUAUUUGAAAAUGAAUUUUCAUUAGUCGUUAGUAAAUUAAUUGCUGUUUUAAUAUUCAUUUAAAUGAAAUUGAAAAUUAAUUGCCUCAAACCUUGGUUUUUACAUGAAGCAGUGGUGAUCAACAGAAAAUCGUGACGGUGAUAAACCAGUGCCAUAAGCACAGGACGGGGCCAACAGAGAACUGUGUUACUGACGGUGUAUUUUAUGAGGUUCACUACUGAAUAAAAGAUGUGGCUUUGAUGCAGUGCUGAAA